CUCACUGCUACUGAUUUGCCCUUUCCUCUCCUCGUCCCUCGUCAAUCGUCACUCAUUGCGUUCUAGAUUAGGCCCGGUGGCCCGCCACUGCUGUUCUCCACAUUCAUAUCAAAUGCUAGCCGAAUGUCUUAGAAGAGUGGAGUAGGGGUAAUUCGGGAACGCAGCUGAGCGGAAAUCAGAAAAAAGGCCCCUAGUGCCAGGGGGGCUCUGCUAAGAUUCGGGUCAUUUCUGAGCUGGACCUUAGUUCGCCGUAAUGCCCUUGGUGUCCCGAAAAGUUUGUUUUCUUGCAUGGUGAAAUAAGAAGUGAUGAUAUGAUCACGUCCGAUGAGUUGGAGGUGAUGACGUUGACCGUUGUUUCUCAAUCUGACUGAUGCAAAUUAGUCCAGGGGCCUUUGACCGUGAGCAAUACAACAAUACAAGUAAAGCGUGCUAGUGGGUUCAAAAUGGGACAAACUUGGGGACGAUCCUUGACACUCUUGUCUGAAGAGAUGGUCCAUCCCGACAAUGCAGCCUUGGAGAUCUCCAAUUUCUAUCGUCCAGAUGAGGAUGAGGAGUUGGAAGAUGAGCCGAAUUUUCCUGAUUUGUCCCACCUCCCCCCAGAAGUGGCGUUAAAAGUGUUAUCGCAUUUGAAUGCUACGGAUUUAUGCUUGGCUGCUUGCGUUUGGCAGCAACUGGCUACCGAUGAGAUCCUUUGGCAGGGUCUGUGCAAAGAGCAAUGGCCUGAAGCCAGCAUUUACCACAAAGCCAAUGGAUCCAGAUCGGCCGUGUCCAUGAGAAAAGUGUUUCUAUUGUUUGAUGAAGGCACUCUCACCUUUAAUUCGGAUCCUGAAAAAGGAAUGCAAUAUUUCUUUAAAAAUGGAUUGGUACGCAAUCAGGCCUUUGAGAUUGCCAAGUUUUUCCAUAGUACUAGCAAAUUGUCCAAGAGUCAAAUGCGGGCUUACCUUCAAAAUCGGACUGAUGUUGUGGAUGAAAUGAUAGCACUGCAGAAUUAUGCCAACGAAUUCCUUCCCAAUGCUCUAAGAAAAUGCUUUGCCAAGCUAGAGGCACCCAAUGAUCGUGGCCAGUAUCUUCAAGAAAUGUUGACAGCCUUUUCCCGGAGAUUCUGCCAAUGCAAUCCAAACUUUGGUCAUUCCACUGAUUCGGUGUAUGUGAUGUGUUUUUCACUAAUCCUAUUGUCAGUGGAUCUGUGUUCGCCUCACGUUAAGAAUAAGAUGUCCAAACGAGAAUUCAUUCGAAACACCCGAAAUGCCAUUCAGUUGUCACACGACGACCUUUACGGAGAGAUGUACGACAAUGUCUUUCUUCGUGGCCAUGUCUCCGAGGAUGGGAAAUCAUUGUUGAAGCUUCAGCAUCAAUUUGUCCCCGGUUUUCUCGCUCUGUUUCUAUAGCACUAACUUUAUCGGCAAGGUGAAGGAAGCGAUCGUCACCUCCCAACUAGUCAGAAGAGAAUAAUAAUAUUUAUUUGCAAUCCGUCACCCUCAGACUCUAAUUUGUAUUACCAGAGAGAGAAUUGAUUUCUAUCUCGUUUUGAAGUGCCAUUUGUGUUUUCAGUUAUUCUACUUACUUAAGAUUGUAUUUUGAGCGUUUUCAGUUUUGAGAAUAUUAUAUUGCAAAUAUUUGCUUUAAGAACCAA